CGGGGCCUCGGGGGAAGGUCUACCCUCGGAGACCCCGGUGACGGCCACAGCAUCAUCCAGUGCUGUGAGCUCCCGCCGCUUCCUGCUCUGUCUCUACCUGGUAGGCUUCUUGGCUUUUACACAGGUCCAGCCCGGAGCCUUGGAAUGUGCUGUGAGGUGCCUCCUCUUGUCCUUUCACCACCGACCUCAGGUGGCUCCUUGACCCAGUCUACACUGGAGGCCUGGAAGUUGGAAAUUGGAAGUCAGUCACGGUGAACUGCACACGACUGCCUUUGGCAAAAUGGACCUGUUUGGUGUCAGCAUGGUGGUCCCAUUGCUGAAUCUUCAUGUCAGAUCCCUUGGAGUAAGUCCCAUAGUUGCUGGAAUAGUAGGCUCCUCGUAUGGCAUUUUGCAACUCUUUUCCAGCACCUUUGUGGGCUGCUGGAGUGAUAUGGUCGGAAGACGGUCCUCCUUGCUGCUCUGCAUUCUACUCAGUGCCCUGGGCUAUCUCCUCCUCGGAAUGUCCACCAAUGUGUUCCUGUUUACACUGGCUAGAGUCCCCGUGGGUAUUUUUAAACAUACCCUCUCCAUCUCCAGAGCACUGCUUUCUGACCUGGUCACAGAGAAGGAGCGGCCACUUGUGCUGGGACAGUUCAACACAGCCUCGGGCGUAGGCUUCAUCUUGGGUCCCGUGGUCGGCGGGUAUCUGACUGAACUGGAUGGUGGCUUCUAUGUGACAGCCUUCAUUUGCUGCUCUGUCUUCCUCCUCAAUGCUGGUCUAGUCUGGCUGUUACCUUGGAGAGAAACAAGCCUCAACAUCCCAGACAAUGAUUGGAGCUUGGAUCGGAAGCACACUACAGUACCCGUAAAGUCAGAAGGUACACUACCGGGAGCACCCACCACCUCUACGGCUAGGAGGAGUGAGAGGAAAGUGCAGGCGCCCUGGGUUGAAGUCAUGUCGGCCUUGAAAGACAUGAAGAACUUGAUCUUUUCUACACUGUGGGACAUAUUCCUCAUGCGCUUGCUAAUGGGGGUGGCCGUCAUGCUGUACUACAGUAACUUCGUCUUGGCCCUGGAGGAGCGUUUUGGGGUACGGCCCAAGACCACAGGGUACCUCAUCAGCUACACCAGUGCCCUGGGCACCCUGGCUGGCUUCGCUGUGGGGCCCAUUCUACAGCUGUACAAACACAACUUGCACAUGGUCCUCCUGCACUCCAGCGCUCUCACAUGCCUGCUGCUGCUGGUCUACUCCACGACCGGCUCCAUGGCCAUGGUGGUCUUGUCCUCGACGCUUCUGUCGUUCUCCACCACCAUUGGGAGAACCUGCAUCACGGACCUCCAGCUGAGUGUGGGCGGAGCCCAGGCCAGCGGCACCAUCAUAGGUGUGGGCCAGUCCGUGACUGCGGUGGGCCGCAUCCUUGCCCCCCUUCUCUCUGGAGUGGCCCAGGUGAUCAGUCCCUGUGGCCCCCCAAGCCUGGGUGCGGCUUUAGCCCUGGUGGCUAUUUUAAUCAUGACUCUAAACAGACCUCCCUCCAGUGGGGAUAGGAGUGAGAGACUCAAACAGGAGUAGGAUUGGGACCACUUGGAGAAGCAGAUUUAGAAUCAGGCAACUCAGGGUCAAAGAUGGGCAUUUCAGAGACAGUGGGUAGCCCAAGUGUAGUAUUCGCACAUGGCUGUGCCUCACCUGCACAGGCGUACCAGCAGAGCCAUCAGAAGUCAGCCGCAGAAAAGAAAGUUUAGACUGAGCACAGCCCUGCCCUGUAUCAGAAGCUGGCCUGGAAAGCUUCUCUUCCCAUUCAGGCACAGUAGAGUUAACAUUUGCUCCCGGGGGAAAGGCAGCAUGCUACAAGAGAGGGAGAGCAAAUGUGGAGAGAAGCCUGAGUGUCAAUCUUGGGCUGAUCACCUGUGUGGAAUGCAGCUCCCUGUAAUCCCAAAACCCAAAAGCAGCUCUCUGCCCAAAUCCCAGAGAGCAAUGCAGCUGCUUUAUUUAAACUAGCCCGUUGCUUUCUCAGCUGGUAACAUCAGAUGUUGAGCACUUAUCCGCAGACAUUUAGAUACACAGGGCCUUGCUGAGGUCAGACCUGUGGGCUUUUAAGCCCCAGAAGCCAUUUCUCAUGGGGGGGGGGGGGUCGAGGGACACUGAGACACGAUAGUUUGGAUUAAAGUAAAAAUUGGAGACUGCACUGUUUCUAAUAGUUAACUGUACAUGACCCCUAAACCUACUGAUUACAAUUGGGGUACACCACCUUUCCCUCCUCCCAGGAGUCAGACUGCACCAGGAACAAACAACUAUGAGGGCUGCCUUCUCUCUUCUUUGAGACUCAGUCACUUUGGACUUUGGACAGCUCGUGCAGAGCCCCAACUUCUGGGAUCAUAGACCCCAAAUCCACAUUCCAUAUAAUCCUCUUGAUGAUUCCUUUAGUGUGUGAAGAUGCCCAUUUUCAACCUAACACAUGUAAUUGUGAGUGGUUCUUCAAUGCACUAAUUUUUUACAACUCUAAUUUAUUUAUAAAUCAGAAAAAAAGGGUGUUCUCAUAGUUUUAGAUGUUGUAUGUGGGAUAAACUCAAAUAUUUGUGACUGUUGGAAGUCUAUUUUAUCUUGAAUGCUAUCCCCUUUCCUCUCUGGCUGUGAGAAAACCAAUUCACUUUUAAGCACUUUCCACUGUGAAUUUAACAACAGGCACUAAGAAUUCUUAAGGGACCAAAGCGUGGUGUAGGUGGCCAUGUCCUCACACAGCAUCUGAAUGUCAGAGAUGGGGCUCAGAGAGACAGCGAUUGAAUGGGCGGUAUGAUGUAAUAAAGUAAGGUCUCAGAAGAGUUUCUACCAAGACUGUACUCUCAAAGACAGUGGACUCUUCUUUCAAAUGCUUAUGGAAGCCAUGUUUGUAUUCAUAAAACCAUAGCACUUUAUUUUUUUAAAUGAAACAAACUUGGACUUUAAAAUUGGCAAGACACAUGGAGAUACUGAAAACCCAAAAUCAACCAGUACCUAGAGAAACACUUGUUACCUUGUAUUAGUGACUUUGGGAAUUUGUUAAUGUGAUGGUUGUUUUUCUAUUCUGUCUUCUUGUUUGGUAAAAGGUUACUCACA